AUGGAUGAACUACCUAACGAACGCCUCGUAGCUGAAGAGGAGGCAAAGCCGAGGGCUGAGGUGGAGGAGAUCAUUUCUAUUCCAAGCUCCACUCUUGUGGAGUUCAACCCAAGAAGCGACAUCAUACGAAGUGAGAUACUCCAUGUAGUCGUAGGGUGGCUGAUAGAACAGGGGCUUACAUCCUCCGCCCAAAUUCUUCGUGAUGAAGCGGCAGCUCUUCUUCGUCAGGAGCACAAUGAGCGAAAGGCCCUUCGCACUAUUUCUCGCGCGGUACAUGAGGGCAAUUGGGACGCCGCCCAUGCGCAGCUAAAGAAGCUGGAAUCCACAACAAAAUCGGGCGGAGCAGUAAGUAACGAGGCUCCACCACGAAUUACAUUAUUGCUUCAACUGUUGCCAUUUUUGUUAGCACAGCAACAAUUUCUGGAGUAUGUUGAGGAGGAUGGGCAACGGGCUCAUGUAUUUUUCAUGAGGAGGAUCAAACCUCUAGAAGGAACUAUAAGCAAAGAUCAUUUUCAACAGCUGAUUUAUUUGCUUACUUGCCGCAAUGUAUCGGAGGCUGGAACCAUGUAUCCCGUUUGGCGUGGGUGGAAUCCCACGAUAGGACGUUCUCAGCUUCAGUCCCUCAUAUCAAAAUUUAUUGGGUAUUGUGACAGCAAUCCAUAUUGCCGCCAAUGCGAGGGUAGUUUUGAUGCUGAGCCCCAUAUUGCAUUCAGAGGUUUGGAACAAAUUUUGGCCAAUUCCCUCUCGUAUGAGCUUCUAAAAUCUCAACAUCCUUCUUUGCUGCGUGGGCUCGCAACGCAUCAUGUUCACUCCAUCCUUCAGCCAUUGGGAGAACAACUUAUUCCAUCAAACCUUGUUGCUUCGGUGGAUGUCAACAGAAUCCGUUGCCGCAUUGGUGUAGACGCUGGAAAGAAACUGCGACUGACAGCGUGCCAACCCUUUCUUCAAAUACCUGCUGUUGUUGUAGGUACAUAUACAGGUGCUAUUUUGUGGGUUCAGCUAGAACAACAAGACGAGUUCCUGACUCGAGCAUCGUGUGAGGGAUGCCUUAAACUGUAUGAAUAUGACGCCCCUGUGAGGGGUAUGGCAAGCCAUGACCGUCAAAUACUUCUUUCAUGGAGUGCAUGUCAAGCUGUCGUUCUCAAUUUAGGUCGCAUUAUGGGGAAAACUAAGGAGCUCUUGGAUACAUCCGAAUGCUUGAUGGAUUGUGUGGCUAACGUAUUUGCUCACACAGCAGAGGUUUACUCGUCUUGCUUGUUUCCUUCUGGGGUUAUUCUUGCAACCGGAUUGUCGGAGGGGACAGUUACGGUUUGGGACAUGUUAACAGGAGCCAAAAUGUUUCAGCGCAGCUUCAGUACUUCACCAAUCGAAUCUCUUACCGCAAAUAGAUCUGGAACCUGCUACUUUGCAGCCUCAAAGGAAGGUAUUGUUCGCGUUGUUGACGUUACUACGGGGGUUCUUUUGUUUACAUUAGCCUCACCAGUGGCAAGUGAGGUUUCCUCCAUUGCGCUUUCUCCUUCAGCAUCUUUACUGCUGGUGUCAUACCGUAACGGUAUACUUCGACUGUGGGACGUUUUAACGGGGGACAUUCUUCCCCAACGAUUUGAGGGUGUUGAAAGCCAUACACGUAAAGGUGCUAGUGUCACCUUUGGAUGUGUUGACUCACACAUUAUCAGCGGGCAUAACGAUGGUUAUCUUUACAUUUGGGAUACAGGGCACGCACAGUUAAGAGAAUCCUCUUCUUUUGUGAAUCCAACGGCACCAUACGGAAUAUCAGAGAGCGCCCAGAGUGAGACAGCAAGGACGCACUCACCAUCUGUCCCUGGCCGAUAUUACUGGCCUCUGGGAAAAGCUGUGCCCCCGCCGAUACGCACUAAAUUGCAUCGCUCACCCAUAACCGAUGUAAAAUUUCAACAACAUUACGUGGUAACGUGUGGGGAUGAUGGAACUGUUUGCAUCUGCAGCGGUAUUGUAGGCCCUCCAAGAUGA